AUGGCUUCCGCAGUGCACCUACCGCCGGACGAGCCGCCCUUCUCGGUCAAGCUGCCUAACACGAUUUGGGUCUUUGGCCAGCCCAUCCGCGGGGAGCUGACUAUCGACUACCGACGCGCGCUCGAAGAAAAUCUGGAGCGCGUCGUCCUCGAGCUCCGCGGCACCAUCUACACCGAGAGCAGCACGACGCCCGACGGCGACGGCGCGUACGAGACCUCCUCUACCGACGUCCUCCACAAGUCCGCGACGCUCUGGCGGCGGACCGACGCCGCUGCCGUCCGCCUCCCGUUCGAGUUCGCGCUCCCCGCGGACCUGCCGCCCGCGUUCGCGUUCGCGUGCGCGCACCUGCACGCCGCGCGGGUGCGGUACGCGCUCGUCGCCACAGGCUUCCGCGCGGGCCUGUUCGCGCGCGACCGCACGGUGACGCUGCCGCUCGCGGCCAUCCCCGCGGACGCGCUCGGCGCGGGGCUGCGGGCGCGGCUGAAGGCGGGGUGGCCGGACGCGGCGUGGGGGCGGCUGAAGGCGGAGCGGGAGGUGCGGCGGCAUCCGUGGAGCGCGCCGGGGACGCUGAGGGUCGAGCUGCUCGUCCCGCACAUCGACACCUUCCCGCUCUUCACGCCGGUGCCGUACACGGUCGUCGUCCGCACGCUCUCCGCGCGGGUGCGCCUCAAGGGCGACGACUGCGAGGGCGCGGAACCGUUCCCGCCGCCCAUCCGGGACGCGGCGCCGCUCGCGUUCGCGCUCCGGCGCGCGGUCGACAUGCGCACGCCGCUCGGGCCAUCCGCGCCGGAGGAGCACGUCGCGGACGUGCUCCCCGUGCCGGGCGCGGGCGCGGGCGUCGAGGUGGAGGUGGGCGAGCGCGUGUGGGUGCCGGAGCCGGGCGGGCGGCGCGAGGGCCGCGGGCGGUGGGCGCAGGCGGCGACGUUCCGCUCGCGGAUGUUCCUCCGGUGCUCGCCGUCGUUCGUCACGGAGGAGGUCAAGGUCAAGUACGUGCUCUGCUUGAAGUGCGAGUUCCCGGGCGCGGGCAACUGCGUGCGGAUCGAGCUGCCGAUCAACGUGGGCUCGGGCGCGGUGCGUCCGAUCUCGCUCGCGGGGGACGUGGGGCCGGGGUCGAUGUACAUGCUCGACCUUCCGCCGUGA